AUCAGGCUUUAGCAGUAGCUCCGCCCCCGCGGAGCGCGGAGGGGGCGGGGUCCUGUGGGUGGGGCCAGCGUGACCUUGGUCAUUCUCCCGCCGAGGCAGCCCUGGGGGUGGGACUCGCUGUCUCUAUGGAGACCGAGAAACAGGGGAUAAUACGGCGGAACCGCCCGGGCUGCAGUCCCGCCUCGGAGCCGGCAGGGAGCAGAGCUUUGGAGCCGCCUGGUCUCCCGCGUCCGCCGGUCCGUUCUUGCGUCCUUCUGUCCAUCGAACACGCACUGCAGGAACAGCCACGAAGUAGAAGCAGGGUGGCAUGGCAACGAGCACAGAUGUGGCUGGGCUGGAGGAAAGCUUCCGCAAAUUUGCCAUCCAUGGUGACCCCAAGGCCAGUGGGCAAGAGAUGAAUGGCAAGAACUGGGCCAAGCUGUGCAAGGACUGCAAGGUGGCUGACGGAAAGGCCGUGACGGGGACAGAUGUCGACAUCGUAUUCUCCAAAGUCAAGGGAAAGUCUGCUCGGGUUAUCAACUAUGAGGAGUUCAAGAAGGCCCUAGAAGAGCUGGCAAUGAAGCGAUUCAAAGGGAAGAGUAAGGAGGAAGCCUUUGAUGCUAUCUGCCAUCUGGUGGCAGGCAAGGAACCAGCCAAUGUGGGCGUCACCAAAGCAAAGACAGGAGGUGCUGUGGAACGGCUGACCGACACCAGCAAGUACACAGGCUCCCACAAGGAGCGCUUCGAUGAGAGCGGCAAGGGCAAGGGCAUUGCUGGGCGUCAGGACAUCCUGGAUGACAGCGGCUAUGUGAGUGCCUACAAGAAUGCAGGCACCUAUGAUGCUAAGGUGAAGAAGUGAGGCCUGGGGAGGCCCCCAGUGCGGCUGCCCCCAGCAGAGCCUCAGGCCUGGGCCUAAAGGGCACGUGGAGCAAGACAGCCCUGUCCCCUCCCUGCUGGACCUACCACCCAGCGCUUUCUGCCCAGCCCCACAGGGCUAGCCUACCAGGCCUCUGACCCAGACUGCUCCCCUUCCCCUUUCCUCCCUGACUUCUGGCUGUUUGGGGAGAGUCUGUGCCUGUAGCCCCACUGCCCCACCCUAGCCCCGGGCAUGGCUAACCCCUGCGUGCUUGCCUCAUAUUUAAGCUGCUGCUCUGGCCAAGUGCCUAAUUCUUACCCAGACCUCAAUAAAGACACCUUUUGUACCAGUA